CUGGCGAUAGAGUAGCUGGAGACAGCCUCGUGCAACCAGCUUAGCCCCGGUACUCGGUGUUGAAACCCCCUUAGGAGCGGUACUACUUGUAAACGACAAAUCCCUGGCGGUACAGUUGUGAAACAUACAUGCAGAAAAUUUAUCAUGGUGAAUCUGCUGCUGCUGCUGGUUUUGAUCACUUACAGCGCUCAGUUUAAAACCUUCUCUAUAUAUGUGUCAGGAAAAGAGAGAGGAAACGUCACACUCACAUGUCAAUUAGAGACCAAUAAGAUUUCUGAUAUUAUUUUAAACACUCUGUCAGAAAUCAUAGCUGUUUGCGAGACUGAAGAAUGUAGAGGACGAGUGUUUAAAGAAGGAAACUGUGAUGUCGUCAUCAAGAAUCUGAGCUUCAGUGACGCUGGGAAAUACUUUUUGAGAAUCUAUUACAAUAAUGAUCGGACAGACCUGGAGUACCAACUUCAUAUUCAUGAUGAGAUUUCUGUGAAAACAGGGGAGGAGCUAAAGAUGUCUGUUCUGGUGUCUGACGCUGCUAAAGUGAAGACAAACUCUAGUGGAGAGUGGAAGGAGGUUUGGACGAGAGGUCACGGGGUUCAGAGCGACAGAAUGAAUGAUACUGAUGAUGGAAACCUGAUCAUUAAAUCAUUUUUGGACAGAGAUGCAGGAUCAUACAGAGUUCUGGACACUGAAGGAGAAAUCUUGAUCACAGUCACAGUCAGAGAAUCAAAGGAAAAACUGGAGCUCACUGAUGACAUUAAGUAUGACUCUGUAGUCUCUUGGAUUGCACUGACUGUGGUUGUGCUUCUGCUGGCUCUGAUUCUGACUGCUGUCACGUUACACAAGCGUCUGCUCAGAGGUUACCUGCGGUGUCUCUCGAGGAGGACAAGAGCCCCAGUAGCACUGAGGACCCAUAAUGAUGUCUGCUGAGGGCCCCACAGACUAUGAUUAAACUGGAGGGGUGUGCAGGACAUUAGUGACCUCACUGCUGAACACGGAACUUUUCCUCAAUCACUCAUUUUAUGGUUUAUUAUGUUAUCAUAGACAUUGCUCCACCCUGCUCUGAUGGUAUUAAUUUUAUUUGUGCAGCUCUUAAAAAGUCUUAAAUUUGAUCUUAAACUCCCAUCAUACAAUACUUCAUGGUUUUUGUGAAAUGUAAACUCUGACUGAUCACAAUCUUAGUAACAAAGUAGCUUCAACUUGUCCAAAUCUCAAAUCUUUUCUUGUAAUUUGUCUUCAGAGUCAACAGAUCUGCAGAAGAUUCUCUCAACAUAUUUCUGCAGCAUUAUUUGUCAUUUUCAGUGCUUGUGCACAUUUAGACUAGAGCCCUACAGGAAUCAGUUUAACUCUAUCUGCAUUUAGUAUUUGUGUGAAACUGACUGAAAGAUCUGGACUGGUCACUUCUACCAAUCCGUAUUCAUUUACUAGGAAUUAUUGUUUCUGUUCUAAUCCAUUAACAGAAAAACAUAGUAAAGUAUUUAUAAAAUAAUAUAAAUAUAAUUAUAAUAUAAACAGUUAACAUGUAUAUCUGUGCCAAACUGUGAAAAACAGUGUGCUUGUAAAUAUGUAUAUUCCUUACUUUUUUUCUAUUUAAAUAUAUACGUUUAUUUUUAUAUGUUGCUUUUGUUUGUUUAUUUGGGGAUUUGCAUUAUUAUUUGCAUUAUUCCUGUGCUGUGAAAGAGUAAAUAUUAAACUGUUUUUGUAAGA